AUGAAAUUAUUUCCUUAUCUUAACAAAAUAUGCGUAUUAAACUUAUAUUUUCUAAAGAUGGAGAAACCAUCAAUGUAUUUUAGGAAUAAUAAAAUAAAAAAAAUACAAAUACAAUAUGAAGAAAGAGAAAAAAAUGAUCAUAUGAAAAAUUUUACCUUAGAUGAAAAACAAGAAAAUAAUGAUAUAAUAAUAUAUAAAAUUAAUAUUAAAAAUGAACAAAAUUCUUAUCCUUCAAACGAUGAGAUAAAAUCACAUUUUAAUGAUAAACCACAUGACGUUAAUGUAUAUAACAACAUUAAUAUAAACAAAAAGGAAAAUAAAAAAGAAUAUAUGAAUCAUUCAUUAUUAAAUAAAAGAAAAGUUAAAACAGAAUAUGUCAUAAAACACAAACAAAUUAAAAGAGAAAAAGAUGAAACAGUUUUAGAAGAGUAUAUUAAACAUAUGGAGGAGUUAAAGAAAAAGACAAACAAAAAUAAGAAUGUUAAAAAUGAAAAAAGUAAAGAUGAUAAAACAAAUAUAAAUUUAAAAAAUAUAGAUGAAAAACUUGUCGAAUUUAAAAGGGCACAUUUUUUGUUAACAUAUAAUAAAUUAAAAGAAAUGAGAAAAGAUAUUAUUGCUCCUGUAGAUAAAUAUGGAUGUGAUAAAUUAAGUGAAAAAACAAAUGACAUAAAAGUAUUCAGGUUUCAAACAUUAAUUUCAUGUAUGCUCUCAUCAAGAACAAAAGAUGAAGUGACUGCAAUGGUAAUGGAUAAAUUAAAAAAACACGGAUUAACUGUUCAUAAUAUUUUAAAUACAACAGAAGAACAAUUGAAAAAAUUAAUUUAUGGUAUUGGAUUUUAUAAUGUAAAAGCGAAACAAAUUUUGCAAAUUUGUCACAUUUUAAAAAAUAAAUAUAAUUCAGAUAUUCCACAUACAUAUGAAGAAUUAAAAAAUUUGCCAGGUAUAGGAGAAAAAAUCGCACAACUCAUUUUACAAACCGCAUUAAAUAAACAUGAAGGAAUAGCAGUGGAUAUACAUGUACACAGAAUAGCUAACCGAUUAAAUUGGGUAAAUUCUAAAAAUGAGCUAGAUACACAAAUGAAAUUAAAAAGUUAUGUACAGAAGGAAUUGUGGUCAGAAAUAAAUCACGCUCUCGUGGGAUUUGGUCAGGUUAUUUGUAAGGGAAAAAAACCUUUAUGUGAAAAAUGUACACUUACAAACCAUUGUCAGUAUUAUCAAGAUACCUCAACCAAACAGGAAAAUAAAUCAAAAAAAAUUUAA